AUGCCGAUCACCAUCGACAAUUGCAAGGCCACCAAGACGCCGGCCCCUUUCUCACAUCCCAAGGGCCCAUGCUAUGAUCCCGAAACCGUCGUCUUGACGUGGGAUGGUCCCAAUGACCCCGAGAACCCCGUCAAUUGGCCCAAUUGGAAGAAAUGGGGGGUCGUCGGGAUAGGCCUGUUUGCAACAUUCAUCGCUUUGAUGAAUGGUACUAUCAUCACCACGGCACACUAUGCCAUCGAUGAGUCAGUCUUCCCGCAUUCCUACUGGCCAGUCACGUCCUGGGGUAUUGGCGGCGCCCUCUUCUCCUUGUUCUUGCUACCGGUCAUGGAAGAUUUUGGCAUCCGCUAUGUCUUCCUGAUCGUCUACCUGAUUCACAUUUGCUUCUUGAUCCCCUCCGGUGUGGCUCAGAACUUUGCGACUCUGAUUGUCACGCGUUUCUUCUCUGGAGGAUGUGUUGCAAUCCUUGCCAACACGGUAGCUGGAAUCAUCUCCAACGUGUUUGUCGGCAACCGGGCGCGAACCGUGCCCAUGAGUAUGUACAUCACCACCUACCUGGUCUCCAGCAGUUUGGGACCCGUUAUCGGCGCAUCCAUCUUCCAAUUUCUCUCCUGGCGGUGGAUCGGCUACCUCCAGCUCAUCUGGACCGGCUUCUUCUUCCCGCUGUUCCUAUUCGCCAUGCCAGAGACCCGUGGCUCGGCUAUUCUGCGGGCUCGCGCAAAGAAGCUGCGCAAAGAAGGGAAGAAAACCUACACGCAGGAUGAGCUGGACACCACCUCACUCCUCCAGGUCGCUCUCAAGAGCGUGCAGCGACCUUUGUAUAUGCUCUGCACGGAAUCGGUUGUCUUUGUCGCGACCCUGUGGUCUGCCUUUAGCUUGGGGACAAUCUACCUGUUCACUCAGUCGGCCGAGCAGGUCUUUGCGGAAUUAUAUGGCUUCAGCGCGGUCCAGGCAGGUUAUGUCCAGGCCGCCGUCGUCAUUGGAGAAAUCAUCGGGUGGAUUUUCUGUCUAGUCACCAACCGGUGGUACUAUAACUCAGCGCUCCGAAACACCGAAUUGCCUGGAACCGAGAUUCCGGAAGCCCGUCUGUAUCAGGCCCUGAUCGGAGGUCUGGUUGGUGUGACGGGCGGAAUGUUCGUCUAUGCCUGGACCUCGUAUAGUUUCACCCCGUGGAUCGCUCCUGCCAUCAGUUUGGCCAUGGUUGGCGCUGGCACCACCUCUGUCGUAGUGAGCAUUGCCAACUACCUGGUCGAUGCCUACAGCAAGUUCGCCGGAAGUGCCGUGGGCGCUAUCGGGCUGGGUGAGAAUGUUUUCAUCGCCUUCCUCCCCCUGGCGGCGCAGAGCAUGUACACCAAUCUCGGUUUCCAGUGGGCCAGUUCGCUACUGGGCUUUGUGUCGCUGGCCUUGGCCUUUGCCCCUGUGGCAGUCUUCAUCUGGGGCAAGGAGAUCAGAGCCCGGAGCCCGUUCAUGAAGGAGGCGCCGAGGAUAAGAGAAGAGACUCUGUGGUUUCUGCGCAGACGGCAGAGGUCUAGUUCAUUUUGA